AUGAGUGCUUCACCAUCGGGUGGCCCCAAUGGCCACGUCCCCACGCCUCCUCCAGGGAAACGCCCUCUUCCCCGCCGGAAGCCGAACCCCUUCCGCCCUGUACAGAAACCACACGCUCGCCCGGCCGCCGUCCAUGCUCCUGGAACUCCGCUGCCCGCCGGCGCCAACGGCAGCACGUCCUCGAAAUCUGCCACGCCAAAGCCCCCGGCCAAGCCCACCGCGCAAUCCCAACCCAACUUCGAGGCAUUGCGCCAGCAGAAUGGCGGUUGGUCCUUCCCGCUCCGGGAAGGCAUGGCCGAGUUCGAUCUGGUUCUGACCAGCAAGGAUACCAACGACGCCUUGCGAUCCCACAUUAUGAGGCUGGUGCCUCCUCGCAAGGGCCACGCCGGCGUCAAUCCUGCAGACCAGAGCGACUUCACCCGGCCCGUCACUCUCCAUCGUCGCGAUCCUCGGCAGCCUCCUCCUGGCCGCGCCGUUAGAGAACCCACGCCAGAGGAGACCCCCGAGCAGACUGCAGAGAAGGACAGACUAGCGCAGAUCAAGGCAGAUAGGGAUGCCCAGCGCGCCAUUGACGAUGCCCAGAAGGCGCCAGGCGCCAGUGCCAACAAGAAGCAGCCCAAACAGAAGGACAAGCCGCAGGGUACCAAGGUUAACCAUGGGCCGCGCACUGAGCAACAGAAGAAAGAGUCCGAGAUUAGAUACGAGGAGGCUUUGCCCUGGCAUCUGGAGGACGCGGAUGGAAAGAACGUCUGGGUCGGCCAGUACGAGGCGCCCCUCUCGGACACCAAGGUUGCCAUUACGUUCAAGGACGGCAAGUUCACCUUGGUGCCGUUGGAGAAGUGGUACAAAUUCUCGUCGAAACGGGCGGCCUUGAACCCUCUCACAAUCGAAGAGGCUGAGUUGGUCAUGAAGAAGAAGGCCCCUGUCGCGAGAUGGGCAAUGAGAGAUGCUCUGCGCGAGCAAGCUGAGAAGGCCAUGGCCGAAUCUCGUACCAUCAUGAACGGUGGCGGCAUGGUCAAGCAGGAAAGUCGAACCUAUAAGCAAUCCUCGCGUCGGGAGAAGGAGGACCAUGAUGACAUUGACAUGUCGGGCGAUGAGUUCCAAGACGACGAUGAGAAUGCCGGUCUUGAGCCCGAGAAAGACGACGACGCCAAGGAAUCCAAGGACAAGAUCCGCCGUGACCAGCUCGGAGCAAACCUCUUCGGUGAUGCGGAUGAGCAAACCGUUGAGAAGGAAGAAGCUGAAAAACUCAGAGAGGAGCUCGAGAGACGAUUACUCGGCAAGCGCAUGAAGAAAUCGCUUAAGAAGCGCGACAAGCAACACCAGUACGCCAGCGACGACGACUCCGAGCGCGAGAACAAUCCUUUCCUGUCCGAUUCUGACGACUCCGACUCCGACUCCGAGUCGGAUCCAGAAAAGGUCAAGCAAGAAGAGGAUAAGGACAAGAACGGUGUCGACUCGAAGGGCAACAACACCCCUCAGGGGAAAAAGAACCUCGCAGAUGCCGCUAAGAAGGGCAAGUCUCUGAAGCGUCCUGGGUCGCCCAUGGUCUCCGACUCCAGCGGAAACGAGUCUACGCGCAAAACCAAGAAGAAGAAACUCGGACCAUCGACGGCCUCCCUUGCUGGCAGCCGGAGCGGUACGCCUGUGCCAGGUAGCCAAUCUCGACGCGCUGGCGCUGGCUCGGGCAGUGACGCCGAGGCGACAGGAGGUGAGAUGUCAGACGGCGCACUGGCAAAGAAGAAGAAAAAGAAGCUGGCUACCCAUCUUGCUACCGGUACUGGCUCGAGGGGAACGCCUACAGGUAGCCGGGCUGGUAGUCCCGCCCCGCCUUCAGGCGCACGCUCUCCCGUCACUGUUCAGGGCCCGCUUACGGCCCAAGAGGUCAUUGCCGCCCUUCCUGAAGAUCCGAAUCAGGCGAUCCCGCUGGGCUCAAUUACGAAUUUGUUCAGAUCGCGAUUGGGCGGUGGAAAGCCGCCGAGCAAAGAUGCCAUGAAACAGCUGUCUUUCCUCCUGAAAAAGCACGGCGUCUUCAACAAGGAAAACAAGUCGUUUUACAGAAAGCCUAAUUCCUCAUAG